AGAAUAAUCAUUGCUACGUCCAGGAGGAAAAAACCUAGACCAGGGCUGCUGAAUGUGCUGUGUGGUGUAGAAAAGGCAGGGGCAGGUUGCUCUGUGUGCACUUGUCUGCACAGACCAGGAAAUGACGGUGCUUGGAAACGGCUGCAGACCCUGGAUGGCUGUUUACUUCCUCCCUACACAAACCGGAUGCACCAAAACUGAAAGUCUUGAGUCAGAUGGGUUCUGAAAGGUUUGCGCAACAUUCUUUCUGAUGUCUCUGCUGACCUUCGACUUGUUCAAUGACUAUUUGUCCCAGCGAACGCUUUUUCAAACAAGGAAAGUGAGAGGCGCUUGGAGCAGCUGGAGCCUCCCCCGCACAGAGAAGGCAACGCUGGGACACGGGCGGUGAGAGAAACAGAGGGAGGAGAGAGCGGGGCUUGUGGAGAGCCGUGGGCUCACGGGAAUGGCACAGCGAGGCUGCCAGAAGCUGUGCCAGCACGUUGCCCAUCUGCCCCUGCCCCUGGGGUUCUGUGGUGCCCCAUGAUCUCGACCUGCCCUGACCUGCCGCAGGACACCUCCCUGCAGAGCCCCACCAUCCAGCCAUGCUGCGUUUCCUCUGGGACAGCAUCUCCAUCCAGGUGUUCCUCGUCUUCCUUGUUGUUUUCCUGCUCGUUGCUGACUACAUGAAGCACAGAAAGCCCAAGGACUUCCCUCCACAACCCUUCUAUCUCCCCAUCCUGGGGCACAUGUACCUGAUGAACUUCAACAAUCCCAUGGUGACGUUUCAGAAGCUUACUGAAAAAUAUGGGAACAUCUUCAGUGUUGAGAUGGGCACCUCAUCAUUUGUGAUCGUUAAUGGGCUGCAUCUGGUUAAGGAAGUUCUUGUAAACCAAGGAGAAAACUUCCUGGAUCGCCCAAAAAUGCCUCUUGAUGGGGAUAUCUUCAGCAACAGGGGACUGAUCUCUUCCAAUGGGCACUUGUGGAAGCAGCAGAGGAGAUUCACCUUGUCCACCCUCCGAAACUUCGGCUUGGGGAAGAAGAGCCUGGAGGAGCGCAUCCAGGAGGAGUGCCGGUACCUCGUGGAUGCGUUUGGGGAUGAGCAGGGAAGGCCUUUUGACCCUCACUUGAAAAUCAAUAAAGCCAUUUCAAACAUCAUCUGCUCCCUCACCUUUGGGAAUCGUUUCGACUACCAUGACGAGGACUUCCAAAAAUUACUGCAGCUGAUAGACGAAAUUGUUCACCUCCAUGGGGCCAUCACGACCCAGCUGUACAAUGUUUUCCCAUCCAUAAUGAAGUUCUUACCUGGACCCCACCAAACCAUUUUUAGAAAGGUAAGACUGCUGAAAAAUUUUGUGAAAGAGAGGAUCGACAAACACAAGGAGGACUGGAACCCCUCGGAGAGCCGGGACUUCAUCGACUGCUACCUGCAGGAGAUAGCCAAGGACAACGGUGAUGGCACCUUCCAGGAGGAAAACCUUGUGGCAUGUGUGCUCGACUUGCUCUUUGCUGGGACUGAGACCACUUCAACAACCAUCCGCUGGGCUCUGCUGUAUAUGGCCAUGUAUCCAGAAAUUCAAGCCCGCGUGCAAGCAGAGAUCGACACGGUCAUCGGGCAGGCACGGCAGCCAGCCCUGGACGACAGGAGCAACAUGCCCUACACCAACGCCGUCAUCCACGAAGUGCAGAGGAAAAGCAACAUUGUGCCUUUAGGCGUGCCAAGAAUGACAGUGAAGGACACAGUCGUGGAUGGCUUCCGCAUACCUAAGGGAACUGCUUUGGCCCCAAAUUUAACUGCCAUGAUGUUUGACAAGAACAAGUGGGAAACCCCUGACACUUUCAACCCUGGACAUUUCCUGAAGGAUGGUCAGUUCUGGAAAAGAGAAUCUUUCCUACCAUUUUCUAUAGGGAAGCGCUCCUGCCCGGGUGAGCUGCUGGCCCGCACCGAGCUCUUCCUCUUCUUCACGGCUCUGCUCCAGAAAUUCACCUUCCAGGCGCCCCCGGACACCACACUCAGCCUCCAGCACACAGUGGGCAUUGCUGUGGGCCCAAAACCCUACAAGAUCUGUGCUGUGCCUCGGUAAGGAAGUCCUGGCCAUCGUCCUCACAGUGAAAGGCAUUUGCCAUGGAUGCUGAAAACAAGCCUCAGCUGCUCCCCUGAGUGAGGGCAAUGACUGCCCUGCUGCAAGGAGAGGCUGGGCAGUUUGUUGGUUUAUUCCAAACAAUUGCAAAAUAAUUUCUUUUACAAGCAGACUUCACACUCUGUAUCACAGGGGAAAGGUGAUCAGCCUGGGAUCUGCCAUGGCACUUUUAGUCUUGCAAUAGCACACUGUAAUACAGGGAGGGGCUUGGGCCUUUCCUGCUUUCAUGAUGGAUGGCCACGCUUCCCAAUGGCAGGAGAUGGAGCAACACUUUACAGACUGCAGUGUUCAGGCUGUGGCUGUGAGUUGUAGAAGGGCACUACUAGACUUUGCUUUAUAAUAUUCAUAGAAGUACUAAUUGCCAACCAUUUGUGAUUUUAUUAAACUUGACUUGUAAUCCAUUAGAAAAAAAA